AUGGCGACGGACAAUGCAAGAAUCCCAAAGUCGUCGUCGUGGCCGAGGAGGACGAGGACGGCGGUGAGGAGAUGGCUGAGCCUCAAGAGCAACGCAGAGCCGUCCUUCCAUUCAGACUGCACCAGUGAUAGGUUUGGCAGCAGAGGGCAGGAGCAGGGGAGGCGCAAGAGCUGCUCGGACAGGGACGGCAGCCGGCGAGAUCUGUCAGGUACGGACCACUUAAGUGAAGCAGGGUGGUUGGUGGAGGAGGGGCGCGAGAAUCUGAUGCCUCCCCACCCGCGGUAUGGGCCGGGCUCGUCGUGGCAGCCUCCCAAGGAGCUCAGGGUGCUGGUGGGGACGUGGAACGUGGGCGGGAGAGCUCCGCACCAAGGGCUCGACCUCUCCGACUGGCUCCUCGAUCAACAUGCCUCUUCCUCACCUCCCCACAUCUAUGUUCUCGGCUUCCAAGAAAUAGUGCCGCUGAACGCUGGGAAUGUUCUUGGCGCGGAGGACAGGGGCCCUGCUUCCAAGUGGCUCGACCUUAUUGGGCAAGCCUUGAAUCCUUCCUCCUUGGAGAGAAGCAACAAUUAUCACCACAGUCACCGGUGCACCGCUGCUAAGGAGGCGAACCCUGAAUGUAGCCAGAAGGCCAAGGUCAUCUUCUCGGACAUACCGGUGAUGGACGAUGCAGUAUCAGAGCUUGAGGAGGAGGAGGAGGAGGACAGCGAGCCUUCCACGUCGAACCCAGAGUCGAGCAGCGAGGAGGAGACGAGUGAGUUUGCGACGAUGUUGCGAGAGAGGGCGAGUCAUGGAUACCGACUGGCUGCUAGCAAGCAGAUGGUGGGCAUCUUCCUCUGCGUGUGGGUCCGGGUGGAUGUCAUGCCACGUGUCACCGGACUCAGGGUCUCCUGUGUUGGCAGGGGAAUCAUGGGCUACAUGGGAAACAAGGGGUCCAUCUCGAUCAGCCUGACGCUGCAAGGUGGCAGCUCGGCGGCGGCGCCGACGAGCCUGUGCUUCGUGUGCACGCACCUGGCGUCCGGCGAGAAGGACGGCGACGAGGUGCGCCGGAACAGCGACGUCGCGGAGAUCCUCAAGCGGACGAGGUUCCCGCGGCCCCACCGGUUCUCCAGACUGCCGGCGUCGGCACCGUCGUCGCCGGAGACCAUCUUGGAGCACGACAAGGUCAUCUGGCUCGGCGACCUGAACUACCGUCUGUCGUCGACGGGCGGCGGCGGCGGGGGCGACGGCGAGACGCGGGGGCUGCUGGAGCGGAACGAGUGGCGGGCGCUGCUGGAGCGCGACCAGCUGCGCGCGGAGCAGAGGGCCGGGCGUGUGUUCGGCGGCGGUUGGGAGGAAGGGGAGAUCCGGUUCCCUCCCACGUACAAGUACCUGGCCGAGUCGGACACCUACGCCAUGGCCGCCCUGAGCUCCUCCGCCGCCGCCGGGAGGCCGUCGCGGGAGAAGAAGAAGCGCACGCCGGCAUGGUGCGACCGCAUCCUGUGGCGCGGCGAGGGCGUGGAGCAGGCGUGGUACGAGCGCGGCGAGUCCCGGUUCUCCGACCACCGCCCCGUCAACUCCCUCUUCUCCAUCCGCCUCCACGACGCCGACGACGCCAUCCGAAGCCUGCCGGCCACCGCCAAGACGUGCUGCCGGCAAGGCAGGAGGCGGCCACCCGGCAGCAGGGCGAUGACGUCGACGACGGUGCGGGAGGCGGCGACACGCGGCGGCGCGGUGAUCGAGGCCGAGGAGAUGCUCGUCCUGCCGCCGCGAGACUGCCGGUGCCUCCGCUCCUCCAGAUUCUGA